CCGCUCCUCCCGGUCUCUCCUCCGCAGAAACACGUUUCAUCCUCCGCUUCAUCCUCCGCUGGUUCCUCCAGAAACCUCCAGAAACCUCCAGAAACCCGCUGCUCCGGCUCCAGAACACAGCAAACGCGUUGAGUGUUUGACUUUGACGCUGAGUUGAGCUGCACAUCUUUACCGAGGAAGAUGCCUAAGAAGUCGUCCCCGUGUUUGGAUCAGCCGGAGCCCGGCCGGCCCCCGGUCGGCCCGGCGGAUCAGUCAAAGCUGGAGACGGAGGGCAGGAAACAGAGGAACGGAGAGACGACGGCGUCCUCGUCCCCGGAGAGCGGCAGCGUGAACGGAGACGUGAAGCGCAGCGGCAAAAGCCGCCGCCGCAGGAAACGCUCCUCCAACCCCGACAACGGCCCGGAGGGGAAAGCGGAAAAGUCGAAGAACAACGAAGAAGAACGAGCCGACAAACGCGCCGGCCGGCCGUCCGAUAAGCGCGACGUGCUGAUGAGCGGGCUGAAGUCGGAGUGCGCUCACGUCUGGCUCGAGCGCAGCCUGUACGAGCGGGCGGAGAGUCUCUACCAGCGCUGGCUGGCUAGCUCGUCCAACGGGGCGACCCGGCCCUCGGGGAAGUUCUCAAACUCAAACUUGCCGGCCAACAAGAAGACCUUUGAGCGGGUGGACCACCGCUUCGUUGAGGAAUCCGCGCAGCCGUCGGUUCCGAACUCCCUCAACCUCCCGCCGCCGUCCGGCCGCACGAGGGCCCCCAGGACCCCCGACGAUGGUUACCAAUCUCUGGCCCCGACUCCAGCGACUCCAGCGACGCCGGGUACUCCUAUGACUCCGGUGUCCGGUACUCCGGCCGUGCGGCAGUCGAUCAACGGGCUGCCGCGGAUCGCCGCGGAGCUGCUGCGCGGCGUCUGGCUGGACAAGCCGCGGUACGACCGCGCCGAGGCGGCCUUCUACCAAAACCUGUACGGAAACAACUCCUCCAAGAGGGCCGGCGGCCCCCCCAGGAGCAGCGGGCCCCCCCAGAGCCUCGUGGAGGAGGAGGAGGAGGAAGAUGAGGACACAUCGGAGGAGGGAAAGCCGACGGCGGCGGCGCCGCCCGCGAAGGCGGACGUCUUCCACGCUCUGCUCCCCAUCCAGGAGGAGGAGGAGCCGGCCGACGCCGCGGACCGGGACGAGGCGGCGGGCGUCCGCCACUUCCUGCACCCGGACAGCGAGCGCGUCUGGACGGACAGGCGGCACUACGAGGCGGCCGAGAGCCGCCUUUAUAGCCGCCGCGGCGGCGGCGAGGCCAAGGCCUGUCCGGCGAAGAGGAGUCGGAGGUCGGACGCCUCGUCGUCGGUCCCCUCCCCGGCCCCAAGGGACAAGAAGAUGAGUGCUCUGGACUUCCUGGCCCAGGAGAGGAUCUGGUUUGAUAAACCGCGCUACGACGAGGCAGAGCGGCGCUUCUACGAGCGAGUUAACGGCUCCUCGCCACAGGAUGUCAGUUCCAACAACAUCCUGCAGGACAUCGCUAGAGCCCGGGAGAACAUCCAGAAGUCUCUAGCAGGGCCGGUCCAGAACAGCAGCAGCGCGGCGGAGCAGGCCGAGCUCGUCUCCCGUAUCAAAGGUCUGGAGCUGGAGAACAGCACUCUGCACAAAGUGGUCGGGGAUCUACGCGCCGCUCUCUCCAAACUGGAAAGUCGAGUCGCCGUCCUGGAGAAACCUCCUCCGUCAGCAGCAGCUGCUCCAGUCGCCUACACAAACGGAAACGUUGUCCAGAAGAAGACUCCGGUUAAAGAUGAAGAAGAGGAGGAGGAGGAUGAUGAUGACGACAUGGACCUGUUUGGCAGCGAUGACGACGACGAGGCGGAGAAACUGAAGGAGCAGAGGAUAAGAGAGUACGCCCAGAGGAAGGCCAAGAAACCCGCGCUCAUCGCCAAGUCCUCCAUCCUGCUGGACGUCAAACCGUGGGACGAUGAGACGGACAUGUCCCAGCUGGAGACGUGUGUGCGGUCGGUCGUAGCCGACGGGCUGCUCUGGGGGGCCUCCAAGCUGGUGCCGGUCGGCUACGGCAUCAACAAGCUGCAGAUCUCCUGCGUGGUGGAGGACGACAAGGUGGGGACGGACCUGCUGGAGGACGAGAUCACCAAGUUUGAAGACCUGGUCCAGAGCGUCGACGUAGCAGCUUUCAACAAGAUCUGACCUCCGUCUCCUCCGUCUCCUCCGUCCUUCUGCUGGUUCUACGUUAAUGAUGAUAAUAAAAAACUCUGCACUGAAA